AUGGAUGCCCUCAAGAAUCUCAGCACAAAGUACCUGAAUCUAAACUUCGAUGAUGAUCGCCACAUCUUCCACAACACUGAUCACUGGGCUAUCGCACCACAACCCAAAGGGAUCCUCUACCCAGAAUAUUAUGACAUUCUUGUCAAUUGGCGUACUCCUCUUACAGUCGCAGCUCUUUAUGUCCUCAUGGUUGUACUCUUAAACCCCAAGGAAGGCAAGGUUUCUAGAGUGGUUGCAGCGGACAACGCCCAGCAGGAAUUGUCCCAGUCUUCGCCUUUUAUGACAACUUUGGUUUUUGUCCACAAUGCCAUCCUCUGUAUUUAUUCUGGUUGGACAUUCUACGGCAUGUUCUUUGCCUGGAAGGAAGUCUUUACCACUCACUCUUUCAUGGAUGCUGUCUGCGACACCGAUGGUACAUUUUGGGGCACCCUCGGUUUUUACUCCUAUUACUUUUAUCUCUCCAAGUACUAUGAAAUCCUUGAUACAAUCAUCAUUUUACUCAAGGGUCGUCGCUCCUCACUAUUGCAGACCUAUCAUCAUGCUGGUGCAAUCAUCACAAUGUACUUGGGCUACAAUUAUCGUGCUCAUCCUAUCUGGAUUUUCACCACUUUUAAUUCCUUUGUGCACACAAUCAUGUAUGCAUAUUAUGCCGCGACAUCCGUAGGUUUGAAACCCCCUGGCAAAAAAUACCUUACUUCGAUGCAAAUCACCCAGUUCUGGACCGGAAGCGCUCUGGCUCUCUGGUACGAAAUUGGUGCUCCCGAAGGUUGCUUCUCAAACCCUGGAUCACGUUUUGCCAUUUGGGCCAACCUAUCCUACGUAUUCCCAUUGACUUUCCUCUUCCUUGCCUUUGCCAGAAAAAUGUAUGGCGAUCGUGGCAAGAAAACUAAAGUUAUUAAUAAGACUGCUCAGUUCAAAAAAGAGAACUAGUUAGAAAAGCUGAGAAAGUAAACAAAUAAAAAUAAUAAUCG